AUGAAGAUCCCCCGGCGAGGUAGCGGAUCUUCCUUCACCUUCUCCUUCAAGGCAGGGGCGUCUCCCGCUACCAAAGCCGUCAAACUAGCCUUGGCCAUUACGGAACCGGAAUGGCGAGAACAAGGCAUUAGCAAGAAUCCCAAAAAUAUUGCACCCACCAAGGAUUUGGAUACUUUGGUGGAUCGAUUGACGGCCUUGAUGCUCAUUCGGAUGGUGGGCUGGAUUCAGCCGGAAGGCACCUAUACGGACCUUUCCACGACGACGAUUGCCAAGGAAAUCAUUGCCAAAAAGGGCAUGUGGCCGGCAUCCGUCACACAGCAAGUCAUGGAUCAAGUGAAAUUGUAUGUUGGACGAAUGCUGGAAAAUUAUCAGAAAGUCCCCUAUCACAAUUUGGAACAUUGUUACCACGUUUCCAUAUCCGUCAAUAAAGUCAUGGAUAUGAUAUUGGAGCCCCUCAGCAAGUACGAUCCCGAGAGCCUUGAUAAUCCUCCUCCCGAUACCUAUGGAUUCAAAGACGAUCCCCUCAUGCAAAUGGCCAUGAUGUUUGCCGCACUCGUUCACGAUGUUCAUCAUCAGGGAAUUCCCAACCGACAAUUGGCCAAUGAAGAUGAUCAACUGGCCGUACUCUACAAUGACACGGCCAUUGCCGAACAGAACUCGCUAUACUUUGCCUUUUCCGAACUAUUGAAGCCACGCUACAAGGAAUUUCGGGAAGCCGUCUUUCCCCACGAUCAAGAUUACCGACGAUUUCGCAAGGCGGUCGUCAAUUUGGUCUUGUGCACGGACAUUGCCGAUCCCGAACGAUCCCAACUCAUCAAAUCGAAAUGGAAGGAAGCCUUUGGGGAUCCCUACGAAACCAUUGAACGCAAGGUCCGACGUGCUCGAAAAUCUUCCAUCGGUAGCAGCAUGGCCAGUGCAAGACCCGCGCCCACACGGACCAGUCGGAGAAUGAGUACUCAGUCCAUCAUGUCCGAUCUAUCCUUUGAUUCGCAUCCCAAAAUACCCGGAAUGAUGGAUAACCAAGUGCUCAAAGAUGAUAGUAGUGUGUCGCUUUCGCCAGAUGAAGAGUCUUCGACGGAGGAAAACCCAAAAGAUUCGGACGAAGAAGACGACGAGGAGGAGGAAGAAAUUGAGCUAAAUGAUGCGGACCAACCCGGUCCACCACCAGCACCACCAGUGGCAGCACCAGCAGAUGGCGAGACCCUAGCCAAACGACCAAGAUCAGCUUCUGCUACUUCUCAUUCCGAGGCAUCAUCCACCAGCGGACCAGUGAGAAUCCCAUCCAAAGCCUCUCAGUUUAAAGUCUACCAUAAUCCGCUCAGUGCCAAAGGCAUUCCACUGUCACCCAAACAAACUAGGACGCGCAAUCGAGUCCCUCGCAUCAACAAAGAUUUAGGCGGGGCCUUGAUGGCACCUCUAAAAGGUGUUGGUAAUGCUAUGCGACAACGUCGAUCCAAUGAUUCUCAAUCAGGAAGCGUCGUGGAAGAACGAAGGAUGGCGGACAUGGCCGAUCGAUAUCGUCGACGAUUGUCCGAAGACGGUGGAGACGAGUCGAAACGAAAAUAUACACGAUUGGGAUUGCUGCGUACCGUGGAUCUGACGGGAGAGCAAAUUGACCACUACAAACCAUCCCGACGUGCUUCGGCCGUGGGUGGUUUGCCACCACCUCAAAAUGGACAAAAGUCGGCGGCGGCACCGACAAAGUCACAUGAAGAACUCAACGAGUUGCGAGAAAUGGUCGUCAUGGAAACGAUAUUGCUGGCUUGUGAUGUCGCGCACAACCUCCAGGGGUGGGAACAAAUGGCCAAGUGGUCCAACAAAUUGUACCUAGAGUUGCGCAAGGCCCAUGCCAUGGGGCGAGGGGCAGAUCCAACCGAUGGGUGGUACAACAACCAAAUUGGAUUUUUGGAGGCUUAUCUUUUGCCACUGGCUCGGCGAUUGGACGAUACGGGCGUGUUUGGAACGGAACGAGGGGGGAUCUUUGCCAAUAUAGUCAUGGCCAAUCGGGAACGAUGGGGAGUGGAAGGCGUGUCAUUGACGGCCAAUGUGAUUCGAAAAGGAAGUGAACAAUUCCCAGAAGAUGAAUCUGAAUGGGGGGAUGAUUGGAGUUGUUAG